AAACGUGACCCAAACAAUGCCUGGAGCCCACGCUUUCCAAAGCCUUGGCUGGCGGGGCCGCGUUGUAAGGCCGCGAGGUCGCAGGACUCGCGGAGGGGCGAGGUGCGGACGGUAACCGCCUCCUCGCGCGGUCCCGGGGCGGGCGCGGCUUAGAGAUUCAACUUUGCAGAGUUCUGGGACCCGCGAGCUUGGAGACGUGCGCGGGCCGCGGGCUGCUGCGCGGCUGCGCUCUCAACAGGCGAUUUGUUCUCGGGUCGGUGGCUCAUUUCCAUGCAAAGAGCCUGACAUCAGAGCACCUUUUGUUGCUAAACGCUUUCUUUAGCCUCGAGGGGAGAGAGUCAUGUGGAGCUGGAAGAGCUCAUUUUGAAGAGAGGGGUCCCGGGACUUCCUUCCCACUUGCAGGGGCCCCGCGGCCGCCCCCGCCGCGCCCCGCCGGGACUGGCGAGCAGGAUCGAGGGGCAGCCCGGGCGAGGCGGUCCCCGUCACGGGAAGCGACUUCUCUGCAGUGGGUUUUACCCGCUUUGGAGCUCGGCGAGGUCCCCACAGUAAAACUCGGUGGUGCGGACUUUGCCUCCUGCUACCCUGUUGCUGCGCCCAGCCCGGGUGGGAGUUUCUGGAGUUGUCAGUCGCGCCGCCCGCGGCCACCUAGACCGAGGUGCGGGCGCCGGCUGGGGGCCCCCGCGGGGUGGCCAGGGCCGCUGGGGCAUGCGGCGCGGGGGCGCGGCUCCCUGACGCCGCGGGCGGGGACCCGGCAACCCCGGGCGGGGCGCGAGCUUGUGCGGGGCGAGGGUGCCGCGGGGACCGGGACGCACGGCCCGCGCGCGCGCGCGGAGGAGGCCAUGGAGGACGCGGGAGCCGCUGGCCCGGGACCAGCGCCGGAGCCCGAGCCGGAGCCGGAGCCCGAGCCCGAGCCGGAGCCGGAGCCGGAGCCGGAGCCCCAGCCGGAGCCCCAGCCGGGCGCUGGCACGUCCGAGGCGUUCUCCAGACUCUGGACGGAUGUGAUGGGCAUCCUGGAUGGUUCCCUGGGUAACAUCGAUGACCUGGCACAGCAGUAUGCAGAUUAUUACAACACCUGCUUCUCUGACGUGUGCGAGAGGAUGGAGGAGCUGCGCAAGCGGCGGGUUUCCCAGGACCUGGACGUGGAGAAACCCGAUGCCAGCUCCACGUCACUUCAGCUGCGCUCCCAGAUCGAAGAGUCGCUUGGCUUCAGCAGUGCCGUGUCAACCCCAGAAGUGGAACGAAAGCACCCUCUGCAUAAAUCCAACUCAGAAGACAGCUCUGUAGGAAAAGGAGACUGGAAGAAAAAAAAUAAGUAUUUCUGGCAGAACUUCCGAAAGAACCAGAAAGGAGUCAUGAGACAGACUUCCAAAGGUGAAGAUGUCGGCUACGUUGCCAGUGAGAUCACCAUGAGCGACGAGGAGCGGAUUCAGCUCAUGAUGAUGGUCAAGGAGAAGAUGAUCACCAUCGAGGAGGCCCUGGCCAGGCUCAAAGAAUAUGAGGCUCAGCACCGGCAGCCAGCCCCUUUGGACCCCGCAGACUGGCCUGAUGUUUCCUACCCAUCAUUUGAUGGCUCAUCCAACUGCAAUUCAAGAGAACAAUCGGAUGAUGAGACCGAGGAGUCGGUGAAGUUUAAGAGGUUACACAAGCUGGUAAACUCCACUCGCAGAGUCAGAAAGAAACUAAUAAGAGUGGAAGAAAUGAAAAAACCCAGCACGGAAGGUGGGGAGGAGCACGUGUUUGAGCCUCCCCCUGCCCCGGAUGAGCGAUCUGCCCUUUACUCCGGAGUGCACAAGAAGCCGUUCUUCUUUGAUGGCGCUCCCGAGAAGCCUCCCGAAGGGGACUCGGACUCCGUCACCACGUCACCAUCACCGUCAUCCAGCAGCCUGGACACCUGGGGCGCCGGCCGGAAGUUGGCCAAAACCUUCAGCAAAGGAGAGAGCCGGGGCCUGAUUAAGCCCCCCAAGAAGAUGGGGACGUUCUUCUCGUAUCCCGAGGAAGAAAAGGCCCAGAAAGUGUCCCGCUCCCUCACGGAGGGGGAGAUGAAGAAGGGCCUCGGGUCCCUGAGCCACGGGAGAACCUGCAGUUUCGGAGGCUUUGACCUGACGAAUCGUUCCCUGCACAUUGGCAGUAACAACGCCGACGCAAUGGGCAAAGAAGGUGAUUUCGUGUACAAGGAAGUGAUCAAAUCCCCCACUGCCUCCCGCAUCUCCCUCGGGAAAAAGGUGAAAUCUGUGAAAGAGACCAUGAGGAAGAGGAUGUCCAAAAAGUACAGCAGCAGCUCUGUCUCCGAGCAGGACUCGGCCCUGGACGGAACGCCCGGCUCCCCCGUGUCUCCACAGCCUGACUCCGAACACCUGGACAAGCCCAAGCUCAAGGCCGGGGGCUCCGUGGAAAGUCUGCGGAGUUCUCUGAGCGGGCAGAGCUCCAUGAGUGGUCAGACGGUGAGUACCACCGACUCCUCCACCAGCAACCGGGAAAGCGUCAAGUCGGAGGAUGGCGAUGAUGAGGAGCUGCCCUACCGGGGCCCCUUCUGUGGGCGCGCCCGUGUGCACACGGACUUCACCCCUAGUCCCUACGAUACAGACUCGCUCAAGCUCAAGAAGGGAGACAUCAUUGACAUCAUCAGCAAACCACCCAUGGGCACCUGGAUGGGCCUGCUGAACAACAAAGUUGGCACGUUCAAGUUCAUCUACGUGGAUGUGCUCAACGAAGAUGAGGAGAAACCCAAGCGCCCCACCAGGAGGAGGAGAAAGGGGAGACCGCCCCAGCCCAAGUCGGUGGAGGACCUACUCGAUCGCAUUAACCUGAAGGAGCACAUGCCCACCUUCCUGUUCAAUGGCUAUGAGGAUUUGGACACCUUUAAGCUCCUGGAGGAGGAAGAUUUGGAUGAGUUAAAUAUCAGGGACCCAGAACACAGAGCUGUUCUCUUGACGGCUGUGGAGCUGCUGCAGGAAUAUGACAGUAACAGUGACCAGUCCGGAUCCCAGGAGAAGCUGCUGGUGGACAGCCAGGGCCUGCCCGGAUGCUCCCCACGAGACUCAGGAUGCUACGAAAGCAGCGAGAACCUGGAAAACGGCAAGACGCGGAAAAGCGGCCUCCUGCCCGUGAAGCCAGCGGCCGAGGCCGGCCUGAAGGCAUUCAGCAGGAGUCCGCGGGGCAACUACCCGACCCUGCCCCUGACGAAGCCGGCCGACCCCCAGGAGCGGGCAGAGAAGGAGGGCCGGCUGGGCUGGGGUCCCACCCUGGACGCUCCCGGGGGCUGUGCCCCACCACGGCUGCCUGGCGCCAGCAGAAACCGAAGGAGCCUCCCAGUCUCCAUCUGUCGAAGCUUUGAGACCCUGGAGGGCCCGCAGGCCGUGGACGCGUGGCCCCGGUCCCACUCCCUGGACGACCUCCAGGGAGGGCCGGGCGUCGGGAAAGACGCACCUGCCGAGGGACCCGCAGCCGCCCCGCGGAUCGCACCCGAAGUGCCCCAAAAGACGGCGGCGCCCGCCGCAAAGCUUCUGCACCCGGAGCGAGACUCUGCCGCCCGCACCGCGCUGCUACUGACCCAAAGCAAGCGAUUUUCGGAACCUCAGAGAGCCACGGCGAAGAGGCUGGAGGGCUGGGCGGCGGCCCCUGCCCGCGGCUCCUCGCUGCCUCCGUGUGUGCCCAGAAACUGUGACGCUCAGCCUCCUGGCGCUCCGCACGGCCUCUCAAGGACGUCUCUGGAGGGCCACGGCAAAGGACAGGAUUUCGAAGGAACGAACCAUCCCCCGGGCCCCAAAGAAGGGCUGGAUGCGGAGCAGAGGGUCCCCGAGGCGAGAGCGCCGCCCAAGCAUCCCCCGCAGCCUCCGCCCGUUCCCGCCAAGAAGAGCAGAGAACGCCUUGCCAACGGCUUGCACCCCGGCCCCAGCCCGGACGCCCCCUGCCUGCCGGCCAAGAAGGGCAGCCUCCCCAGCCCCGCCGGCCCCGGGGACGGCCCCUCCCCGGGCCAGGAGCCCGGCAGCCCCCGCAGCACGCGGCCCCCGCCCUGGCUCUCGGAGCUGCCCGAGAGCGCCAGCCUGCAGGAGCACGGCGUGAGGCUGGGCUCGGCGCUGAGCAGGAAGGUCUCCUGCCCCCGGGGAGCCGACCUGGAGACGCUCGCCGAAAACAAGCUCCACGCCGAAGGCAUCGACCUCACGGAGGAACCGUAUUCCGACAAGCACGGCCGCUGUGGGAUCCCCGAAGCCCUGGUGCAGAGAUACGCCGAGGACCUGGACCAGCCCGAGAGGGAGGUCGCCACCCACCUGGACCAGAUCCGGGUGAAGCUGCUCCGGAAGCAGCACCGCAUGGCGAUCCCAAGCGGCGGACUCACGGAAAUCUGUAGGAAGCCCCUGUCUCCUGGGUGCAUCGCAUCCGUGUCCGAUUGGCUCAUCUCCAUCGGCCUGCCCAUGUACACCAGCACCCUCGCCGACGCGGGGUUCAGCACCCUGAGCCAAGUGCCUUCUCUGUCACACACUUGCCUCCAGGAGGCCGGCAUCACAGAGGAGCGACACAUCCGAAAGCUCGUGUCCGCAGCCAGACUCUUCAAACUGCCAGCGGGCCCCGAGGCCGUGUAGCCAGGCCCGUGCUGGGCCCCUCCGGACCAGAGCCACCCUGUCACUGUGCUUACAGCGUGGAUGCAGCUCAAGACCCAGCAUGUGGCCAGACGGAGCGGGGAACCUGGCCGAGGAUUGAGGACCCUCUCCUCCAGCACAGCAACCCCCCUCCCCGCAAGGAAAUGGGCGUGGUUCUCUUUCGCCCCCAAAGACGAAGACCAGCACUUAUUUUUAUUUUCCAAACGGGGAAGAACCAAGUUGCCAACUGGCUGCACACGCUGUGCCUCGGUCCGUCUGUGUUUGGCAGAGGGCUAGGAGGAGAGGUCAGGGCAGCCCAUUCCAUUUCUGAUUGCGCCCUUGCCCUUGCCGGUCACCAUGAGCGACACCGAGGGCAGACGGGCUUAGGUAGGCCAAAGUAACAGACUUGGGAGUCAUUGUACACUAUUGACCAUACUCACUGGCUCAAGAGUUAGAACAUCUGGCUAUACCAGAAGAAAACCAGUCCUGUUCUCCUUUAGAUAAACAAGAGCAUUUUAAUAAUUGCUUUCUAGCAAUCAGCUUUUAUUUGCCUUAAUAUAAGCUUUUAAGCAGUUAUCCAACUCACGUCCACAGCCCUGUAACCGUAGUUCCGAAUCUUCCGCUUAGACUUCCAUCUAACAUAUCUGGGAUGUUCUCAGCAACCGUGGGCUUUUCUCAUUGUCUCAUCCUAACAUGGCUUAUUUUGUAGGGGUGUUUAUCAGGCACAUAAUUCGUGUUGGCUUUCGGUUUUUAAACUAACAAGUCCAGUGGAAACCUGGCUGGAAUUCUCAAAGAUAGCGUGUGUAUGUGUGUGUGUUUCUAGUAACUGCCUUUCAUUUUCAUCAAUUUCGUAGAAUCACCCUGUUGCUCGUUACGCUGCAGUAUUAUUGACUUGGAACCCUGACCACGUCCACUCCAGAAUUCCGUCAUUGGCUCACAGGUCACCUCCGCCAAAAGUCAGUGUGAGGUUCACAGUGCAAAAAGGGAAGUCGUUUCUAAGAUGUUUCUGAUGGUUUUUCAGUUUCUAGGCCGUUCUUUCCGUUCAAGCAAAGGUUCACUGUGGAGCCAGACAAACCACAUGUGUGUGCACAUUUUUCAGUUGUUUUCCAACUGAAUUUCAACCAUAUUCUAUCUUCCGUAGUCCAGUGUCUGAUUUUUUAGAUACAGCAAAUUUAUAACAACUAUUGUCUCCAUUGCUUACAAAAUGAGUUUCCUUUACAUUGGUCUGAUAAACACUAUUUUAAGCAUCAAAUGUGAUCGUUUACAGUAGGAACACAAGACCUUGGUCAACAGUUCUGUGAUAUUUCAUCUACUUCAAGACAAAUGAUUUCACUCAUGACGGCAGGGAGGGUAAUUUUGUUCAGUACGAAGCCAUCAUUAGCAUAUGCUUUGGAUAUCUCAUCCGUGAUGAUUUUAUAUAUAUAUAUCAUCCGUGACACUCUGAGGGAACAUGUAUUUUUUUUCCAUGCGUUGGUAUGCAUCUUUAAAGAUAAUGUUUAUUUCUUCAACAACAUUCACCUUCUAUAAGAUGCCAUGUGAAGAAAUUUUGGAAAUGCAGAAUAAGAAGGAAAAGCUGCCAAAUUUCUGUUAAACUCUUAAAAAGUCAGCUCUGGCUGGUCCUCUUAGGGUGUGGGUUCGCCUUUUUGGCAGAUGGCGAGGCUGUGAGGAUCUGAUCAGAUUUCGUGGGCUGGGCGCAGGUGGGCGCAGCACAGCAGGCUCCCCCCAUCCCCUGGACGCUGUGAGAAGUCCUGCUCAUCCUCUUAGCUGAGCAAGCGAGCCACACAACAGUCAUGGAGCAGGUAACAAAGGAGAAAUCUCACGUGAAUGUCCAGCUUGUGGCUCACUGUCAAGUGUCGGAUUUUCAAUUACAUAAGAAUGGCACGAGAAGAGGGAACUUUACAAAUUGGAGUUUUUGGGAAUACCAAACCAUAUUUUUUAGGACUCUUCUUUGGAAAUCAUUGCCUUUGCAUAGAAAAUCAAAAUUCAGGGACCACAGAUUAUUUUUAGUGGCAAUGUUUGAGGGAUCUGAGGUGGUUUGGACCUUACUGUGGUGUUUAGAGAGAUUUUUGUUGAUAUCUUUAGUGGUGUUUGGUCUUCCUUUGCUUUGAACUUUGUUUGGUCUGAGAGAAGCCUGAAUGUUUGUGCGUGACAUUUCACUGAGGUGGUUUGGGGCCACCUGUGGGCCUUACGCAGUAGACAGGUGAAGGCUCCCGCAAUCUCCAGAUCUCAUCGGUUGCUUUGGGUACAGAAUUUCACGGAACGAUGACCACUGUUGUCUUUGGAAAGCACAAAAGAACCCUGGAAAAGGCAGUUUAGCUCAGGUAGCUCCACAUGACAUUGUAUAUCGUUUUUACGGCAAUGCCAGCUGGAAGGAAAGGCAGCCAGCCCCAACUACCACGUCCACUCCUCCAGAGCCAAGAUAGCUUUUCCUGGCCUUGCCUUACCCAGAGGCCCCUUUCUCUGUCUCGAACCUGAGUGUGGAUGAACUUGGAAAUGACUAGGAAAAGUCAGUUCCUGACACAGCAAAGCUAGCUUCUGGAACCACAGCAAAGGAGGCCGCCUCACCAAGUCACUGCUGCAUGUGUACUGUAUUAUUUUCAGAAAAAGAUAUAAUAGUCCAAGUCCAAGUUACCUUGAUUUUAAAUUGAUAGAGAAAACAGUCAAGCAAGUUAUAUAACAACUAACAACAUUGCACUUUCUGUAUAUGAAAUCAAUAUUUAAAUAACUUAUUUUUCUCCAUUGCUGUUCUUAAACAUUGUAAGUAGCUGUAAUAUACCAGUACCAGUAUGUUCUUGCAAUUGCUUCAGCCCAACAAAGCUAUGUAUUGUUUUAAAAAGUGUAAAAAUUAUUGUGCCGAUUCAUUUAGCAAAAAGAAAGGUGGACAGAAGGGUUUUCCUGUGUAUCAAAACUUGUCUAUAAUUAUGUCAUCUAUGUACCUAGGAAAAAAAGUAAAUAAAUUUCUUCAAUUGAAUA